GAGGAGAGCCCGGGUCUCGAUUAGUGACUCUUUCGAUUCCUUUUGCUAUGUAUUUCUGUCUCUUCCUUGACAAUCCCUGAAUUCUUGCACUGUCCCCCCGGACUUUGUGUUUACAAAGUGCCUAGAGGCUCUUGUGAGCCUGGUGGGGGAGAAGAGAAAUCUACCAACUCUAUCCAACUUCUCCUGAGCUGUCAACUGCAAUUAGAGUAAGUUGAUCAGGGUUUGUUUCCAACUUCCUCUCUCCAAUUGGUUUCUAAUCUUUCUCCCCACCCUCUUGUUACUCGCUCCCCUCCCCCACACCUUCCCCCACUGUCUCCCCUCCCUCUGAAGACCUCUAUUCAUGUGGCCCUGAACACUGAGACCAGCUUUGCCUGCGCUAGCCGCCACCAGCCUCCUUGCACCUCACCCCCACCCCCCAGAGGCAGUAAUCAUUGUGUCCAACAAGAUGGGGGACACAGCGCCCCCGCAGGCCCCCGCAGGAGGGUUAGGGGGGGCUUCUGGGGCGGGGCUCCUUGGAGGGAGCUCAGUCACCCCGAGAGUGCACAGUGCUAUUGUGGAGCGCCUGCGGGCUCGCAUUGCUGUCUGCCGACAGCACCACCUGAGCUGUGAAGGACGCUAUGAACGUGGUAGGGCCGAGAGCUCAGACCGAGAAAGGGAAAGCACCAUGCAGCUCCUCAGCCUGGUCCAGCAUGGCCAGGGGGCAAGGAAGCCUAGCAAACAUGCUAAGGCCACAGCCACGACUGCCACCACCACAGCCCCUCCACCGCCCCCUGCUGCUGCUCCUGUGGCCUCCCAGGCAGCAGCCACAGCCCCACCACCUCCACCAGACUAUCACCAUCACCAUCAGCAGCACCGGCUGACCAGUAAUGAUAAUGGUGGGAUAAACCGAGAGCAGCAGCCUGCAGCUUCGACCCCCGCGGACCAGCGGAACUCCGCCCUGCUUGCGCUCCAGGGCUCCCUGAAAAGAAAACAAAUCGUCAACCUGUCUCCUGCCAACAGCAAGCGGCCCAAUGGCUUUGUUGACAGCUCAUUCCUUGACAUCAAAAGAAUCAGGGUUGGGGAGAACCUUCCUACAGGUCAGGGGACCCUCUCGGUGAAUAAUGGACAAAGUCAUAUGAUGUCAGGGCCCUUGCCCAUGAGCCAAGCAUCCCUGAGAAAGACUAACGCUCUACCACCGCCUGCGCAUUCUCCUGGCAACAACAUGUUUAACAUGGGCUUAAAGGAAGUGAAAAAAGAGCCCGGGGAGACCCUGUCUUGCAGUAAGCACAUGGAUGACCAAAUGACACAGGAGAGUGUUUUUACUAACAGGUUUGGAGAUGAUCCUGGAGAUCAGCUGAUGGACCCCGAGCUGCAGGAGCUGUUCAACGAACUGACCAACAUCUCGGUGCCUCCCAUGAGCGACUUGGAGCUGGAGAACAUGAUCAAUGCCACCAUUAAGCAGGAUGACCCAUUCAGCAUUGACUUGGGUCAACAAAGCCAGAGGAGCACACCGAGACCCUCGAUGCCCAUGGAGAAGAUCGUUAUCAAAAGCGAAUACUCACCUGGCUUGACGACGCAAGGCACUUCAGGCUCUCCCCAGCUGAGGCCCCCAUCCGCCGGCCCCGCGUUUUCCUUGGCCAACUCUGCUCUCUCCACUUCAUCCCCAAUCCCCACAGUCCCCCAGAGUCAACCUCAGCCCCAGACAGUGUCAGGAGCAAACAGGGCCCUACCAAGCUGGCAAGAAGUCUCCCAUGCCCAGCAACUCAAGCAGAUAGCUGCAAACCGCCAGCAGCACGCGCGGAUGCAGCAGCAGCAACAACAGCAACAGCAGCAGCAGCAGCAGCAGCCACCUCCCAGCUGGCCACCCUUGCAGUCCUCUGCUGGGCCAUCCCCAGGGGCAUUUGUGCAGGAAAAAAUCCCCAGUCCUUCCUUUGCCCAGCAGCCAUUCAGCCCACAGGGGUCACCCAUGCCUGGGGUGGCUGGCAGCAGCAACCAGCCCAAAGCAGCGGCCAACUACACAUACAAGGCUAGCCCCUCAGCUCAGGCCGGACACCUGGAUGUGCUUCUGCAGCAAAAGUCUCAGGACAUCAGUCGAGGUUUCAUUAACAACCCACACCCAAGCCUGGAGCCCCGCCAUGGCAAUACCAAGCCUUUGUUCCAUUUUAACUCAGACCAAGCGAACCAGCCGAUGCCUUCUCUUCUGCCUUCCCAGAACAAGCCUCCUCUUCUGCACUACACACAGCAGCAGCAGCAACAACAACAGCAAAGCUCAUUGGUAGCUCAGCAGCAGCAGCAGCCACAGCCACAAAACUCAUUGGUAGCUCAGCAGCAGCAGCAGCAGCAGCAACAACAACAGCAGCAGCAGCAAGGUUCAAUGACAGUGCAGCAGCAACAGCAGCAACAGCAGCAACAGCAGCAGCAGCAGCAGCAGCAGCAGCAGCAGCAGCAGCAGCCGUCCCAACCCACCCAACCUUUAUCAAGCCAGCCUUUGCUAAGGUCACCCUUACCACUUCAGCAAAAGAUCAUACUUCAGAAAAUGCAGAACCAAUCCAUUGCAGGCCUGGGAUAUCAAGUCACUCAACAGCACAGACAGGUAAGGGCUCCCACAGAUGAUUCGUUUGGUUAUUAUGCUUUAUGCAUAUGGUGAGGCAUGAUUAAUGCCAGAAAAUCCCGU